AUUGCGUAUUUUUUGGCGGUCUUUUGUCAUUUAAUUUUUGUCAAGGUUCAUUAAUAAAUCGCCUUAUAGAAAUAUAAGCAACAAUUUAACGUUUCUCUUGAAAAUUUAUAGUAGUUUUAAAUCCGCUUUAGCUUACACAAAAUGUCUAACAGUUCUGAGAAACCUGGGGAAGACCAAGAACCGACCGACGAGACAACUGAGGAACCAAAUCAAGAAGUUGACCAAGGAGUAGACUAUGAAACUGAGCAGCUUCAAAACCAAGACUCUCGGGAAAUGGAUGAGUCUGACACUGAAGUUCUUACCCUAAAUGAUGUUCUAGAAUUAGAAGAUCAGCUGAUGGAAAACACAACUGCUGUACUAGGUGCUGCUAAUGAUAAAAAGUGUUCAUAUGAGGAGGGGUAUCUUAAACGGCAGGCCUUGUACUCUUGCCUUACGUGCAUUCCUGAAGCCAAAGACGACCCGGACAAAGCUGGUGGUGUCUGCUUGGCUUGUUGCUACCAUUGUCAUGAAGGCCAUGAUCUUAUCGAGCUCUACACAAAGCGGAAUUUCAGAUGUGACUGUGGCAACAGCAAAUUUGCAGAAUCUGAAAAUAAAUGUGUCCUAAACAAUGAAAAAACUGACAUGAAUGAAUUGAAUGUUUACAAUCAGAAUUUUGCGGGAACCUAUUGUGUUUGUCAUCGGCCAUUUCCCGACCCAGAGGAUCCGAUUCCUGAUGAAAUGAUUCAGUGCAUAAUUUGUGAGGAUUGGUACCAUUCAAGGCAUUUGGGUAUAGAAGUUCCAUCUGACAAUUUUGCAGAAAUGACUUGUGAGCAGUGUAUUACAAAACAUGAGUUUUUACUUCAUUAUGAUGGACUUACUAUGAACAGAGUGAUCAAAUCAAAGGAAGAUAGUGAAGUAGAUAUAACAACAAAUGAAGAAACUCAACUAAAAUCUGGUGGCAAUAAGCCUGCUGACUGUAAGAAACCAAAGGAAAAAUCUGCAAGAGUUGCCGCAAAGUUCUGGGCUGAUGUGACCUGGAGAAAAGAGCUUUGCACAUGCGACGAUUGUUUACGCAUGUACGAAGCGGAAGAAGUCGCAUUCCUACUCGACUACGAAGAUCCGGUCCACCUCUACGAAGAACGAAGCAAAGCGAAAGCGCUUGCCGCCGCUGAGGACCAAAAUAAGAAACUCAUGAAUUCGGUAGACAGAGUUCAAUUGGUUGAAACGAUCUUGGCAUACAAUGAUCUCAAAGCCAAUUUGGGAGAAUAUUUGAAGAAAUUCGCCGAAAACAAGAAGGUGGUUCGUGCCGAAGAUAUUAAAGAGUUCUUUGCGGGAAUGAAGUCCAGGAAGAAGCAGAAGGUUGAAAUACCUCAUAAUUGUCAUUAAGUCAGUCGUUUGCAUGGAUUUUUAUCAAGGUAUAAUCAUAUUAUGUAUUGUAAUCUCAUUUUUUAUGUAAUAAAAUUAUGCUAUACAA